UCUAGAGUGAAAAUAAAUUUUGGAGAAGACUAAUUGUAGCUGCUUUCUGAUUCUGUUUUUGAUUGUUUGGAGAUGAGCGGAUUUUGGCACGAGUCCGAUGUUUCGUCAGCCGAUGACAGCGGUGACGAAUCAAGCGAUGUUAGAGUGAAAACCCGCAUGCGUGCUUCCUAUCGUAACGAUGCGAAAGAAAAAUCGGAGUGGCUGUCAGGCUCAUGGCCAUUAAAACAGUUUGAUGGUACGCUGCCGACGAAUAAACGAAAGGCCGAAUGGAUCCGGUAUCGGGAGCAGUUCGAGCGGAUUGUGUCGUGUAAGGCCCCGGUGAGUGCAAAUACGAAGCUUACAGGGCUGAAGAUAUUCGCAGGAGAUUAUCUCCUCAGUGUGAUCGAAAUGCAGCAGAAAACUGUUUCCGACUUGGCUGAAGACAUUUACGCAGAUACUGUGGCUGCUGUCAACAAAUAUUUCAUCCAAACAUGCGACUCAGCGAAGGAGCGUAUCAAAUUUCGAGAUAUGAGGAUGGACGGCACGGAAUCAUUCAUCGAUUGGGUUCUGCGUUUGGAGAACCAAGCCAAGUUCUGCGAAUUCGGACCGGAGCAGCGGGUGGAAGAGUUCAUACAAGCGUUACUGCGUCGCUCAGUACCAGGGAUCGCAGGGAAGCUGUAUGAAAUGUCGGACUUCCUGGGAAAUGACUUGGAGCGUAUCAUUAACUACGGUAAGCAUUUGGAUUACAUACGGGCCGAGGCCAACGAGGCCAAAUUGCCUGUGACAGAAGACCCGGUCGCCACUGGGUCACACCAGGAAGCCACGUAUGCUGUUGAAAGUAAGAAAGUCAACACACUGCAUCAUGGGAGGACGGGAAGGCGUGGUGAUCAGGGCAGUGGCGAUCGAUCUCGCAGCGCAUCUGCAUACAAAUCAAACGGAUUCAACCGCAAGCGUACUUGGAGCUCAAGAGAAAGAGAUGACGACAGCUGCUACAAGUGUGGAGAAAUCCAUGAUCCGAAAGAUUGCAGAGCGUUUAAGUUGGUCACUGGGAACAUGAAGGCAACCAACGGAUCAAGUGAUCCGAGAUUUGUUUACUGUACUAUUGGGUCGGAAGAUUUGAAGUUUUUGGUGGACUCAGGCGCCACUGUCAAUACAAUCCCGAUACAUGUGUGGGAAACGUUAAGACGAAAUUGUCGCACGGUGAUUCAAGAUGUGGUGGUACAGCCAGAGGAGAUCCUCAAAAGCUAUGCUAGUACCAAUCCUUUGGAGGUGGAAUGUUCCUUCAGGGCUUUUGUUGGAGUUAAAGACCACUAUCAACCCGCGAUAUUGGCCAAGUUUUUCGUUGUCAAGGGAACGAAGCUUUCUCUUCUUGGAUAUGAAACUGCACAUCAUUUGAAUUUGAUUCGUAUUGGAGAUGCGGUGUUGAACGACAGGCAAAUCAAUGGUAUCGAGUACGCAAAGACCAGCAACUCGACAUCUAAUAACGUCAGGAAACAUUCACAGAAUUAUAUGUUAAAGAAUCACACGUGCUUGGAGUUUCCGAAAAUCCCGAUUAACGGAGUCCGCUUUAGAAUUGACCCAUCCGUUCCUCCGAAGCAAAUUAUACGAUACAACAUCCCGAAAGCUUUUGAAAAAUCCAUGAAUGAGAGGCUGUAUGAAAUGCAGAAAAAGGGAAUUAUCGAAAGGGCUGAUAAAGCGCAGGAUGUUAUAUCAUAUGUGUCACCCCUAGUAGUAGUACCGAAGGGUUCAAACGACUUUCGUAUCGUCGUGGACUAUCGAGCGGUUAAUAAGGCCAUAAUUCGGGAGCCAUAUCCGAUGCCAUCGCUGGAAAAGAUUUGGGCGGAGAUUCCGAAUGGAGGUGGCAAGUUGUUCUUUACCAAGCUGGAUUUAAAGGACGCAUAUUUUCAUGUAGAGCUUCAUGAGGAAGUACGGCAUUAUACUACCUUCAUGACGGCCAAUGGUCUCAUGCGGUUCAGACGGCUUCCAUUUGGACUGUCAUGUGCACCUGAGUUGUUCCAACGAGUUAUGGAGACUCUUUUGAUUGGUUGUAAGAAUAUUGUCGUUUAUCUGGACGAUAUUUUAAUCUUUGGCCGUACAUUGGAAGAACUUGAAAUUUGUGUUGCUGACGUCAAACGCGUACUGUUGAAGAACAACUUGACAAUCAACGAAAGCAAAUCGGUUUUCAACCAGACUUCAGUAGAUUUCCUGGGAUUUAAGAUCGACGGGUCGGGCAUACUACCGGCAAACAAAAAAAUCUCGGAUAUCAAGCUGUUCAAGAACCCAAAGGACACUUCGGAGGUACGUAGCUUUUUGGGUUUGCUGACGUUUAUUAGUCCGUUCGUGAAGAAUUUCUCUCACAAGACCAAGCCAUUGCGGGACCUGCUGUCGUCCUCUUCUAAAUUUUCGUGGGAUGAGGAUCAUCAAGCAGUUUUCGAUAGCCUCAAAGACGAAGCUGAGAAGCACUUGAUCAAAAGAGGGUAUUUCGAUGACAACGACUCUACCAUUCUCUAUUCAGAUGCCUCGCCUUGGGGCCUAGGAGCGGUCCUGGUCCAGGUGGAUCGCAGCUCUGGGCGACAACGCAUCAUUGCUUGCGCGUCCAAAAGUUUAACGAGUGCGGAAAGCAGAUAUCCUCAGUUGCACCGUGAAGCACUUGCCAUUGUUUGGUCAAUGGAGCGGUUUGCAUAUUACCUUCUUGGUCGUCGUUUCAUAUUGCGUUCUGACAGUGAAGCCUUGAUGUUCAUGAAGAACAAAGCUUGUAAAGACGUUGGCAAAAGAAUUAUGUCUAGAGCGGAGGGUUGGCUUCUUCGGACGGAUCACUUUUGGUACGAUUUUGAACAUGUAGCAGGCUGUGAUAAUAUAGCUGAUGCAGCUUCAAGAAUUGGUAUUCAACGAAACGAUCCGCCAUACGGUGCUGAAACGGAAGCUCACGAACUAUGUCCAGUUGUUGCGCAUCCUGGUUCAAUCAGUGACCAGCUUUUGGCACUGACUAGCGAACAGGUUAAGGAAGAAUCAUUAAAAGAUGUCGAGCUCCAGGCGGUGAUCGCAAAUCUUAGUAAAGACGAUAAGUGGCCAACGGAAAUAUUGAAUUACCAGCCGUUUCAAGACAAGUUGUAUCUGCAGGGAGAUAUUCUUAUGAAGGAGGAGAAAAUGGUUUUGCCAUUAGCACUUCGCACGCAGGCUUUGCGUUUAGCUCACCGAAGCCAUCCAGGCAUGUCCAGUAUGAAACAUAUCUUGAGGCAAGGCUUAUGGUGGCCUGGUAUGGACCGGGAGGUCGAAAGAUUUGUCAAGAGUUGUCCUGAGUGUCAGCUUGUUACGUCAUACAGCCGCCCGCCACCUAUAACGAUGACAGAGUUGCCGACCAAUCCUUGGGAUUAUGUAUCGAUAGAUUUUUCAUCGGCAUCCGAUCUCCACAACUGGAAGGCAUUGGUACUAACGGAUAACUAUUCACGUUUUCUGGUCGCCAUCCCUAUGGACAAAACCGACACGGAAGCGGUUAAGAGAGCCUUGAAACGAGUUUUCAAUACAUAUUACAUCCCCAAGACACUAAAGGCUGAUAACGGCCCACCUUUCAGCAGCGUUGAGCUCAAGGUUUGGCUCAAGGAAUCUUGGGGUGUAAAGUUGAUACACAGCACGCCAUUGAACCCAACGGAAAAUGGAUUGGUCGAGAGAAGUAUGCAAGGCAUAAACAAAAUAACAGCAAUAGCAAAGCUAGGUAAACAGAACUGGAAGGAAGCUCUUGCUGACUACGUAGCUGCGUACAAUACGUGGCCUCACCAUGUGACGAAGGUGCCACCAGCUGAAUUGAUGUUCGGACGAGUAGUCAGGAGUUUAUUACCGGAUGUUCGCACCGAGAUCAGACAUAAGGACGAUGGUGAACUUCGUGGCCGAGAUCGAAUUGCGAAGUUUGAUCGUAAUGUACGUGAAGAUAACCGUCGCCACGCCCAGGAGUCGAAGAUCAUGAUUGGAGAUACCGUCUUAGUUUCUCAACAGAAACGAGAUAAGGCUGACUCUGUAUAUCGAAAUACGCUGUAUAAGGUAGUAGACCUAACGGGUCCAGGACGAGCGACAGUUAUGGACAUGUCUACGAACAAAACUUUCGACCGUAGCGUGAAACUUCUUAAAAAAUUUGUGCAGCGUACAUCUGGGGAUGGAAAAAGUCCUGAUUCGCCGGAGGAAAAGGAGGAAUUGCCCAAAGCGGAAUCAUCUAACCAACACCAUGGCGAGGAACCUAACGCAGAUCAUCAGAAACAGCGUCGAAUCCAGCGACAGAUUAAACCACCGAGACGGUAUAUCGAUUAG